AUGUGGUGUAACGAAUUAACAGGUCGCAAACCGUCUUGUACGGCUAUAUGCGGGGUUUCGCGAAGAGGAGCGAGCAUGACUAAUUAUGGUUCAUUCGCUCAAGGAGAUGGAUUUUUCACCGAUGAACGGAGCAGGAUUGAUGAGGAAGACUUCGCGUCAACCGGGCAGCAGCUUCCUUCUAGCAACGCCGUGAAGCAACUGCCUGCUACAAGCUUUGGGCAAAAUUUUCCACCUUGUACCAGCCAAAAUAUCGGAAAUCUGCAGCUUCCAAACGAAGAUAUUUGCGCACCAGAUCUUGAAGACGUUAGGCGAGCCGCAAAACGCUUCAUUGAAACAACUAUUAGUAAUACAUAUGGCUUACAAGAGCAAUUUGUGGAAAAGUGGGACAUCUAUAGUGGUGAUGUUGAAGAUGCCGAAUUUGCUCAUGUUUUGGACAACCUGCCGACCUCCUACGAUGAUUUCGAAUCAAAAGAACUACAUCUUAAAUUAGAACGCAAUUUGUCAAGUCCAUUAAUGACUUGUCAAAGUCCUAAUGCAGAUUCUGGGCGUGUUUCUGCUGGUUCAAGUUUGACAAAAUCUUCUAACAUGUAUCUUUGUGAUGCUGGAAGUAACCCACCGGAUGCAGAUGACCUUGAAGUUGCGAUGAUCAAUCAAUCGUUCGAGGAACAACAAAAGCAAACUAAGCUGUAUGCCAGUCCCGGUUUAAAAGAUCUGUUCUAUUCACAGCCAAAUACUACUGAGGAUCGCGUUGCAGUCAAAAAUUUUGACAAGGAAGCAAUUAAUACUGCAAAACACUCACUGCUAAUUGCCUCAGAUACUCACAAAAAUAAUUGCAGUGAGGGACCACUCUUUCCUACGGAUUUACUGCUUACCGGUGUAUCUACAAAUUCAAUCAUUUCCAAAGAAUCACUGACAGGUGGUUCACCAUGGAGUGUCUGCAAAGAAAAAUUUGCAAAAACAGAGCUUGGAACACUGGCAGCGAUUAAGUCAUCCGAUAUUCAGGAAGUUGCAAGCAAUUCGAUAUCACCCAAAGCUAACACUGGAUUCGGUUCAGCUUCGCAAGAGGCAUUUGGAAGUUCACUUGUUGCAAUGAAAACCAUGUCAGCUUCGAUGGGAUCUCAGCAUGUGAAAGGACCUCAGGAUACUUCUUCAACAUCUGUAGCAGAUGACAGUAUGGAUGCUACUGAAGCUCUAGCUGUAGAUGUAGUCGAAAGUCUUUUCGAUAGAAGUGCGCUGGCGGAAACUUCAUGUACUACAGAUUUUGAUAAUCAGGAUCUGGUAAAAUGCAAUAAUGAAAAUGAUGUGCUGAAAUCAGGCAGUAGUGAGCUAAUUUCUUUGACAGAAUUAAUGGAUGGUAAAAAAAAGCAAAAAUCGGUAGGUGAAGAAAAAAGAAAAGAUGAAGCCGUGGUAUCCAGCAGCGGUGCAGUCGAUUCAUGGGAGGAACUUGAUAACGAUGACUACAGCUUUAAACUUGUUAAUGAGAUCGAAAUAGCGAUGUGUAAGGUAAAGAUUCGGAAGCCGAAGAUCAAUUACUUCACUGGACCUCCUGUUGAUCCCUGGGAUGAUAAUUUACUGCCACACGUUUUAGAAGCCUUCAACCUUCCUGUUAGAUUUACCGAAGACGAUGUAAAGCAAGAAUUGGCCAAACAUGAUUGCGCUGACGUAGCUAUUCAUCCUGUUGAUGACACGCACUGUUUGGUCGUAUUUGCCUCUAAAAAUGCCGCACUGCAAGCGAUGAUUGCUGUUCGACAGCGACAGAGUAUUGCUAAGGUGCGACUUCGUUCGUUGUGUGAUGCAACCAGGGCUACGCAGGAGAAGGCUCGCAAAUAUGAAGCACUCCUUCGCCCUCAUAAACAGCGUCCUCAAACGACACCUCUUGUUGCUCGCCGUCUCGUCGAGGGCGCUCUUGGCAAACGCUCAAAUGUUUCGGCGCAGCAGAUCAGCAAUGAAAGAAAACAGCUGAAAGAUGCGAAAGAUUUGAAACAAGCCAAAGCAGCAAUUUGGGAAGAUGGUCCAUAAAAAUGUUUGGAGCGUGUCAUUUGUUUAUUUUCUUUGGGCGAAUCGAAAAAAAAGUGCAAUUGCAGCUUAUAAAAGCAUUGUAGCUUGUUAAAAAUUGGUAACUGGUACAGCUUGCUUUUUUUUGAAUGCUGUAAGAAGUCAUAAUCAGUUUGUCUAGCUUUUCUUCCUGUUCAGCAGUUUGUCUUUUUCAUUUCCUAGUAUUUGUUUUCAUGUCGUAGUUAACAUUUUCCCAACUACAUUUCGUAUUCUUUUGAAUGUUUUCAUGACGUCACAUCCCUUUCACAUUAUUACAUACUUAUCUCGCAAAACAAACGUUUUUAUCGUGCUAUUUGCAGAUGUUAUGUCAUUAUCUUUUUGUGAACAUGGUUAUCAGUAUCACUUCGUUUUUUCUGUUUUGGAAAUUAGCACUACCCUUUUUUUUACCAUCUCCUUUGAAAAGAAAGAUUCACAUCUGUAUGUUUUUUAUUUUUGCUACGAUUGCUUUUAUAUUAUUGCACUUUUCAUAGGUUUCUGUUGAUACGUACCUUUUGGCUGAUCCUAAAAAGAAGGGUUUUGUUGUGAAAAAAGAUAUUAACAAGUCUUACAUUCGCCAAG